UCAGGAGAGAUGAGCACUGUGCAGGACGUGAAUCCCAGGGUGCGUGGGAUACGAGCCCCAGUGAACCUGCAGGGUCUAGCAGCAUGCAUCUCAGAGCAGAUUGCACAGGGUGUAAAAAAACCCUUCAAGAGUGUGAUUGAUGUCAGCUCAGGUGAUCCACACAAGGCAGGAAUGCCACCUAUCUCAUUUAUUCGCCAGGUUAUGGCAGUGUGUCUGUACCCUGAGCUCCUCAAAGAAAAAAGCCUUCCUCUGGAUGUCAGGCAGAGGGCACAGAAGCUUCUGGACAUGUGUUCUGGAGGGAGUGUGGGUUCAUACUCCACAACCUCCAGUGGUUUACCACAAGUCCAGAAAAGCAUAUCUGAAUUUAUCACAAGGCGAGAUGGUGGCGUGCCUUCUCAUCCAGAAGACAUCAUGUUAACUACUGGCUUACAGAAGAGUUUGUCGGUGUUUUUGAACCUGCUUACCAGCGGAGAGGGCAAAACUCAGACAGGUGUGCUGACCCCCAUGCCCUGUCCACAUACUCUGCCCAUGCUGCUGGACAUGACUGGGCUGGCACUGGUUCCAUACCGUCUUUUUGAAGAACAAGGCUGGGCUGUAAACCUGGAUGAGCUGCAUAGAGCUUUAGAGGCUGGAAGAGUCCACUGUGAGCCCAAAGCCAUAUACAUCAGCAACCCAGGAAAUCCUACAGGUUACGUGCAAGACAGAGAAACUAUUGAGAAGGUGAUUCACUUUGCUGCUACCAACGGCCUCAUCAUACUGGCUGAAGAGGUGCACCAGGAUAGUGUGUAUGGCCAGGACAAAGAAUUUAUUUCCUACAAGAAAGUGCUGUCUGAGAUGGGUACAACUUAUGCUGAGAAAAUGGAGCUGGUGUCUUUCCAAUCAAUUUCCACAGCCCACAUAGGAGAGGGUGGUCUGAGAGGAGGGUAUAUGGAGGUAAUCAACAUUGACCCAGCAGUGAAAAAGUACUUAACUGUUGCUUCCAGUGCUUCAGUGUUACCACAGCUGGCACUGGAACUUAGUAUUAACCCACCUAGACCUGAAGAUUCUUCCUAUAACUCAUACACACAGGAGAUUCAUCAUAUUGAGGAUACUCUUUCCCAGAAUGCUAAACGGGCGUGUGAGUUUCUGAAUAGAGUAGAAGGGAUGAGCUGUCAGCCAUCAAUGGCAGGACUCUUUCUUUAUCCCCGGGUACACUUGCCACCUCACAUGGUAGAGGAGGCUAAGAGGUUGGGAGUGAAGGCGGAUGUGCUUUACUGUCAGAGGUUGCUGAGAGAAGAGGGUAUUUGUGUGGGGCCAGGUUGUGAGAAUGGACAAGAAGAUAAAAACUAUCACAUCAGGCUGUGUAUUUUGACUCCUCCUUCCACUCUGGAGGAGAUCUUGGCACGCCUUCGUUCUUUCCACCAUCGCCUGCUGGAAAAACUUGCCUGA